ACUGUUCACCCCUCUCAGGGGGUAUUUCCAUUUUAACAGGGGACAAUCCCUGAACCCAAAGGAGUGAAUCCCUAAUGGUGGAGUUUCAUGCAUCAGUGACAGGUGAGUGAGAGUGAGGCAGACUCUGGUUUUAUGUGUACGUGUGUUUAUAUAUGUACUACUACAUUCAGGAUGUAGCUAAAAGUAAGGUCUCUUGAUGGAAAGAUGACGGGGGAUGGGGGUGGGGGCCGACAGACAAGCAGAGAAGGUAGCAAAUCCCCAUCUGUGUCAGGCUGUAAAGGGCUGGCAGACACCAAAUCCACUACAGGCCCUCAGGGGUUUGUUAAGCAACAGAAUAGCCCAGUUGAUGUCACCAGAGGAUAGGUAUCAAGACAGCCUCUGUGGUAGCUACUGUGGAGUAGCAGGAAGGGUCUCAGAGUAGGAUUCAGGAGACUAUGAUGGCAGUCCUCAGCUGACUCACUGGCUUAACUUUGGGCAAGUGCUUCCACCCUGGGGUCUCAGUUUCUUCGUCUGGAAAGUAGAAGGUGUUUUAACUGUCAGUGAACUCUCGGGGAUAUGAAGGUGCUCGGAGAAGUAGGAAGUGCCCUACGAAUGCAAGGAAUCAUGAUUGGGAUCUUCAAGUAGAAAUGCAGCCACACAAACCUGGGGUGGAGGGCUCUGGGGAAAACCCGAGGGCCGAACACCAGUCCUUCUCUGUCCUCCCAGGCUGAACCCGGAUUCCCAGGGCCCAUGCUUACACCUGACAAAUGAUGGCCUGAGCUAUGAACAAACGGAACUAUAUGAACACUUCGGUGCAAGAGCCCCCUCUUGACUACUCCUUCCGAAGCAUCCACGUGACCCAAGAUCUGCUAAGCGAGGAGCCCCGGACAGGGCUACGACCAGUAAGGCACGCGAAGUCGGGGAAGUCAAUGACCCAGUCCCUGUGGUUAAACAACAAUGUCCUCACUGACUUGAGAGACUUCAACCAUGCGGUUUCACAGCUCCUGGAGCAUCCAGAAAACCUGGCCUGGAUCGACCUGUCCUUCAAUGACCUGACUUCCAUUGAUCCUGUCCUGACAACUUUCUUCAACCUGAGUGUCCUCUAUCUCCAUGGCAACAGCAUCCAGCGCCUUGGAGAAGUGAACAAGCUGGCUACCCUCCCUCGGCUCCGGAGCCUGACCCUGCACGGGAACCCCAUUGAAGAGGAGAAGGGGUAUAGGUCAGAUCCUGAUGCGGCUGGUGGAGGAGAAGGCCCCUGCCAGUGACUGGAGCUGGGCACCUACUGCGGGUACUCCACACUGCUUAUUGCCCGUGCUUUGCCCCCUGGGGGUCGCCUUCUCACCGUGGAGCGGGAUCCACGCACGGCAGCAGUGGCUGAAAAACUCAUCCGCCUGGCUGGCUUUGACGAACACACGGUGGAGCUCAUCGUGGGGAGAUCAGAGGAGGUGAUCCCACGCCUAAGAACCCAGUACCAGCUGAGUCGGGCUGACCUGGUGCUCCUGGCACACCGGCCCCGAUGUUACCUGCGGGACCUGCAGCUUCUGGAAGGCCAUGCCCUGCUGCCAGCUGGUGCCACUGUGUUAGCUGACCAUGUGCUCUUCCCUGGCGCACCCCGCUUCCUGCAGUAUGCCAAGAGUUGUGGCCGUUACCGUUGCCGCCUCCACCACACUGGCCUCCCUGACUUCCCUGCCAUCAAGGAUGGCAUAGCCCAGCUCACCUACGCAGGGCCUGGCUGAGUCCAGGUGCAGGUACUUACUGCUGCCUCCCCCUCCCCAAGCACGGACCUUAGAAUAUCCCCUCCCCUCCAUUCCCUGCUUGUGGAUUGACAUAUGCUGGGCUCAGGGCUGGAGGGGCUCUCCUUCCACCUCUGUCCCACUCUGGCUCCAUGCUAACCUGAGGCCUCAAGUUCUGUCAGGCUGUGUGAUUCCAUUGGUUCCUCUCCUUCCAGUCUAGAGUCAUGGACUGACAGGCAAGAAGCUUGAGUGCCCAACCCAGCCCUGUCACUGAUUUGCUGAGUUACUCCAUGGGAGUCUCUGCCCUGUUUUGAGAUUUAAUCUGUUCUAACACCAAGGAGGUUGACUAGGAGAGUUCCAGGGGCCCCUCAGUUCUGGGCCUCAGAGAACCUGCCCCCGACUCUCCCCAACCCCAUGCUAUUUCGGGUGGAAUCAAAGGAAAACAGUAAACACUAAGUUAGAGGCCUCACAGGAAUGGCUGGGUGCAAGCUGGGCCAGAGGAAAUGGCAGUGGAGCCUCAGAUGACAGCAGGGCUACUAUGGCCUUCUCUAGCCCCAGCCCACAUGGCCAGGUAGAUCUGCCUGAAGUCCCUUGAAAACCCUUUCCCCAAAGCU